AUGCGUGAUUCCAACUAUAGGGCAAUAUCUAGUAAUAAAGCAGCGGUAACAAUCACAGCUAGCCUCUACGAUAGGAGAGCUUUAGAUGUGACGUCAGAUAAACCUUUAGUCAAUUCAUUGAAUUUUUUGACUUAUUUGGUGAGUUCGCUGGCAAAAGUGAGAGAAACGUUGUCGCUUGAUGGUGGAAUUGAGCGUUUAAUUGAAAUAUUGCACGAAUGUCAUCAAACAAGUUCUAGUAAUGAUCUUUUAUUUGCCGAUCAAGAGAAGAAACUUUUGGCGGCAUGGAAAUGGACAUUAGCUUUUCAAUCACUAGUACUCAUUGGUACUAGAGGGACAGAGGAGAUUAGACAGAAGGUCGUUAAAGCAGGCAUCUUGCCAAUCAUAGCCACAGUUUUGGAUAAUUAUCUAUCACUACAUGAAGACACAUUUCAUCAAGCUUCAUUGAGACCAACAGUGAAUACAGUAAACACGGCAUCAACAACCUCAUCUUCAAAUAUACCAACAGCUUCAGUAACAAAUACAGACUAUUAUCAAGCAACUCCCCCAGAUAACCCGGUGGAAAACAGUGCUACUACAGAAACAACGACACCAGCUACCGAGAACUUAUUUCGUCAUUUUCAACAUCCAAAUCAAACUCAACGACCUGAUCCAGUGGGUGUGCGAGAUGGCGAAAACACCAAUCGUACCAUUUUACAAGAAGAUUAUCAGAAUCCAAUUCAAAUAGCCACAGCUGCAAUAGAAGCAACAUCAAUCUCCAGUGUUCACCACAGAGAAGCCAACUUUAAUGCUGGUUUCAAUUUGACGAACGACGAUUAUGACGAUUGGACAGUAGAGCAAUUACUUAAAUUGAUAGCAACAAACUGGAUGGGGAGUAGCGAAACAGAUAGAGUAAACAAUACUAUUAGCAGUGAUAUUAGAAGAAGAUACGCCAUAGUAACUAUAUUAAACAAGUUGAGGGAAGAAAAGCAAAUGGAAAUUUUACAUGACGAAUUUAUCAAUGAAUGCGACAUUGACAUGGAUAGCAACUUGCAAUUUCUUUCUGAUAUGUAUGCAAGAGAUUUUGAAAUCAACAAAGUUUGCUAUAAUCUGAAAGUUUUUGUCAGGUCUUUCACCGAUAGUGGAAUCGUUAUUCCUCGAGAUGACGACAUUGUCUGGUCAUUACAGUUACUAGCUUAUAUAUCAAAGUACCCUUAUUUAAAAGACUGUUUGCAAAAUUCUCAUUUGGUCUUGGAUAUGAGUAUUAGAGAUAAACAAUUGAAGUUGUAUCUAGAAAGACAAAUGAAAUUGAAGAUGAAGAAAAUGUUAGCCGUGAGGUUGCGUCCUACUAUGGUUCCAAAAUCUAGGAAACAAAAAUCUUCGUACUUGGAAGCAUUUCAUUCUAGCCCUUCUAACUCACCUCAGAUGGUCAGUGAUUUAAACGAUGAUACGUUUAUCAUGGGAAAUGACAAAUUUGGAUUAUGCCAGACUAGCGACUUGACUGAAACUGCAGGGCUGGGUGGAGAAGAUGAUGAAGGCGGAAAAAAAGCCCAAGCGGUAGAAGAAGAAGAAGAAGAAGUAGAAUAUGAUGACGAAGAACCAGAGGCAUGUGAUGAUGAUAGCGAAGAUUCGAUCUCUCUGAAGGACUUGCUUGAUAUACCGUUGGACCAGUUUGAGUAUUUACCAAAAUUGUAUGAAAGCAUAGUUGAUAGUGAAUCUAUCGUCGAUGACAGUGAACGUGAAGUUGCAUUAUUUCAAAUAUACAAUAAAAUGAACAAAUACAUACAAGUUGAAAGUCGAAAGUUAAAGGAUACGAUUAUCGGGGCACGAUUAAACACGAAGCAAUAUCUUGAGAAAAAAUGGAAUUAUGAAGAAUAUAAAUACUUUGAUAUUGAUGAGCAUAAUGAGGAUAAGGAUGAUUCUUUAAUUGAAUACAAAAAAGUUAGCUUAUUCCCAUUAGUAGAGAAAUUCACAUUUUUGUCAGGUACAGAGAUGCACUAUUGGGCAGGAGUAAUAAUGCGGAAUAGCUGUCGUCGAAAUACAGCAGGUCUUCGACAAUGUGGUAAUUGUCAUAAAUGGGAAGAUUUUCCAAGGCAAUUUGCAAAAUGCAAACUCUGCAAGCGUGCAAAAUAUUGCUCGAAAAAGUGUCAAAUGGAAAGCUGGAAAAGUCAUCGUAAUUGGUGCUUACCGAGUUAA